AUCUUCAUAAAUCCCUUUCUUUCAUUUUUUUUCUCUACAGCAUACAAUCUGCCCUUUCAUUUCCACUUACAUUUUUGCAUCCACCUUCUAAAUCCCCAGUCCAAAAAAAUUCCGCUCAAACAAAAAUUACAGGUUCAUUCAAAAAAUGGGGGGGCAAAAAGGAAAUUUUACGAAGAAGAUUGGAAAAGAAGAUGAGAGAAAGGACUCAAUUGAAGAAAUGGAAAGUUGGAGGGCCAACAGUUUCAUCCCCAAAACCAGCUGGCAGCCACAUGCCGGUCAUCAUGCCCCUACCACACCUACGCCCUGCCUUGCCCAGCCCAGACCCUCUGCACUGAACCAGCUUCCACCCUCCUCUGCAUCAAUCUCCAGCUCUGCGCCCAAUCCCUGCCCUGCAGCGAGCCCUGCCUCGCACGCUCCUGCUCCCUCUCCUCUGCGCCUCACUGCCGGCCAUCAUGCUCCUGCACCAGAUCCCGUGCCUUCCGCGCCUCCUGCACUCUGCGCCUCACUGCCAGCAAUGAUGCCCCCUACACGCCCGAGCCAUCAUCAGCACUCCACGCCCCUACCUGCCUAGCACCCGAGCCUUACUCCUGCGCUUGACCGCGCUUGACCGUGCCUUCGGCUCCCAGAUAUCUCCUCUGCGCCUAGAUUUCGUGCAAUCAUGCACUCCUGCACCCCCUGCACUCAUUACCCCCUGUUUGCUUCCUGCUUCGCUGUGCCGAUCUGCACUCAUCGCCCCGCCUCUUCCCCGAACCAAUCGCCAGCCGAUCCUGCACUCAUUAGCCGCCUGCGCCCCUGUUGCAGCCCGAUCCUCUGUGCCGCUGCAACCCAAUCUUGCAACCCGAUCUUGUACCUGCUCUGAUUGUCUGUUCUCCUUGUCUCGUUCUUCUACAAGUGUGGGUAUAAAUAGAGGGUGUUCUUGGUUGAUACGGGGCGGGGGAGAUCGAUUUUGGCUGUUUGAUUUUGGGGAAUUUGAUUUUCUUUCUUGGUUGAUUCUGGGAUUCUUUUGGUCUGAGUUUGAGUCUCGUCGGAGGUGGCAGCAAGAGAAAGGGGACUGCUGAGCGUCCAGAAUUCACCGAAGGAGAUCGUGCAUUUUCUGGGUUUCUGUUGUCUUAGGUAAAUUACUGGAACUGAGAGGAUUCGGGAGGGGUGGUGAAGGUGAUGAACAGAGUUUGAUCCCGUGAGUGGGAUCCCUCUGUUUGGAUCUUGAUCCGUUCCUUUCCUGAAUUCUCCGCUGUAGAUUUUACAUUUUCUUCCUUUGAUGCUUUGUGUUGUUUAGUGAUUGAAAUGCUGAAAUUUAUGUGUAUCUGUUGAGAAAUGGAUGGUAGAUUUACUAGUAUGAAAUGAAUAUUUGCUGUGUUC